AUGAGCGCCCCCGUCAACCCAGUCCUGCAAAAUCUAGCAACAGGCUAUCAUCUAGGCCAACAACUCUUCACCCCACCACACACCAUGUCGCGCCCCCUCACCACAUCCGUCGUCCACAACGACGAUAAUUCCGCUUCUGAUUCGUCCUCCGAGCAUGAACCCUCACCCCCAGCGAACGAGCUCUCCGAGAUCCACCUGCGCAUCAACACGCCGCUCACCAUCCAAGGCAACAACAACACCGUGAGCAUCGACACCGCCAUGAACGCGAACAAGAUCCAGCUUGGCGUCGUGAACGCGCUCAGGCAAAUGACGAGCGCGGCCAUGGGCGUGCCGAUGAUUGAUGAGGAUGGACGGCCGAGGCCGAUUAAGAUUAGUGUGAAUGCGGAGAUUAGGGUCGUGGGGACGGGGAAUGUGGUGGGUGAUAAGGCGAUUGACGCAAAGAAUGGUGGGGAGGGAGAAGGGAAGGGUGAGAAGGUGAAUGGGGAGAUGGAGAAGGGGAAGGAGAAGGAGACGGCCAAGAGAGCGAGAGAUGGAGAUGAGGCGUCGGAGAUGGUGUCGAAGAGAGUGAAGCGGGAGGAUUGA